AUGUUGAAGAUACUGGACACCCUAUUCCCACCUGCGAGCAGAAUAAAGCGAUGGGUAGCAAGUGCUGUGAACCCUUUCUUCCACAACUCUUUCAAAGAUCUUUUAUUUGAAAUCCUGCUGGAUGGAAUACACUUUGAGAAUGGUGGAGAGUUUUCAGUGCAAGAUGCUGAGCUGGCUUCUCUCUGCAAGACAAAAAACCUGAAAGCCAUCUGUGAGGAGAUCAUUCCUAGGAAGCUGACAGACGCAUUGAGGCUCAUCUCUGGCCUUUCAAAUCACAUUGGUCACCUGCAUCAGGACGAUUUUGAGCACACCAUCCUGACCUUGGUAUACACCGCUCAGGAGAUGGCCAAUUCCACGACUGAACACCAACGAGACACACGGACAGGGUCUUUUGUUAGUUUGUACAAAGCCACCAAGCAGGAUCUGACAGGGACAAACUGAACGGAUACCAGUG